AUGGUCUACCAUGGCAAAAGCGGUCUCCUGGUGGCGCGCAACAACAAGGGCAACACGCCCUUGCACUGCGCCGCCGGCGCUGGGAACGACGACAUGAUCUCCUGCAUCAUUGCGCUCGCCGUGGCCGAGGCAGCCGGCGACGAGAUGAUGGUGACCAAGUUCCUCAGGACGCGGAACAAGUUUGGGGAGACUGCCCUGCACCAGGCGGUGCGCGCCGGCAGUAAGGCCUCCGUCGACAAGCUCAUGUCCGUCGAUCCAGAGCUGGCCUCCGUUCCAGGUCAGGCUGACGAGGGUAACACUACUUCACCAUUGUGCGUGCAGAUUGGUCAAAAAAUUUGUAAAAUGCUCGACGGAUUGGUACAACAACUUGUAAAAUGA